AUGAGUUAUGCAGAGUUACUCCCAGUAUUGAUCCGGGAAAAGUUGGUACAGACUAGACCACCCCCUACUAUACCCUUAACUUUUCCUUGGUACUAUAAGGCAGAUGAGACGUGCGCUUUCCAUCAGGGUGCACCAGGGCAUAAUGUGGAAAACUGUUAUCCCUUGAAAUCGGAGGUACAUAAAAUGGUGAGGUAUGGCCUUUUUUCCUUUAAGGAUGUCAGUCCUAAUGUCAAAGAUAAUCCUCUGCCAAAGCAUGGAGGAGCGAAUACUGUUAACAUGGUUGUUGGUUGUCCAGGGGACUUCCGCAUUUAUGAUAUCAACUUGGUUAGAGGAGACUUGGUAAAGAUGCAUGUAGACCUUUGCAAUUUUAUUUACUAUUAUCAUGACCAUGCUGGUUGUGGUAUUUGCAAUAAUGAUAUACAAGGUUGCGAUAAGAUAAAGGUAGAGCACCACUAUGCAUCUUGCUGGGUUUGCUGCAUGGAUUCCCGAGGAUGUUCCCUUGUAAGAAGAGGUAUUCAGUUGUUAUUGGAUAAUGGAACUAUAAAGGUUUUAAGCCAAACAGAUGAUUACCAUGAGGUUAAUAAGAUUAAAGUUUGCUUGGCUGAGGUUGAAUCGGAUGAUGAAUAUGCUUCUGCAUAUGAAUUAUUUUCCUUAGAUGAGGAUAUGUUCUCCGGCGAUUAUUCUUUGGCACCCAAAUUUUAUGAAGAAGGUGUAAAUUUAAUUGUGCCUUGUUUUAAUGAUUAUGUCCCUGUUGAGAUUGAAUAUUGUAGCAAGCCAGUUGUUGCCCCAGUGGUGAUUUGCUUGCCAGGGCAUGUUCCUUACAAAUCAGACAAAGCUGUACCGUACAAGUACAAUGCUACUAUUUUAGAGGAUGGAAAUGAUAAUAAUGGUAAGAAAGUUAUGGAAAGUGUUAAAAAUAAGAAAGCUGUAGGGGAGUCCAGUGGUGCUACCCUGAAGAAAGAUGUGGAUGAUAUUUUUAAGAUUAUCAAAAUGAGAGACUACAGAAUUGUAAAUCAGCUGUUGCAGACUCCUUCAAAGAUAUCUAUCCUAUCAUUGUUGAUGAAUUUUGCUGCCCAUAGAGAAUCUUUAAUGCGGGUGUUGGAUCAAGCCUUCGUGGUGUGUGAUAUGACGUUAGAUCAAGUCACCAAUGUGGUAGGUAAUACGUCCUGUAAUAACCUAAGCUUUUGUGAUGAUGAAUUUCCUGACGAAUGGAGGAAUCAUAAUUUGGCUAUCCAUAUAUCCAUGAACUGUAAAAAUGAUUCAUUGUCAAAUGUGCUGAUUGAUAAUGGGCCCGCCAUAAAUGUUAUACCGAGGAGGACGCUGAUAAAGCUGAAGUAUCAAGGGGCUCACAUGCACCCAAGUGAAACGUCCUUACUAUUUCAUUUUCCAUUCCUUCUUCUCUCUCUCUCACGACUUCUUUUUAUCUCUUCAAUCGUUCUUCCUUCUCUCCAGCAAACCCUAGGUUUCGACAUCGGAGGGCUUGGAGCUACCGGUGGAGCGGAUCUUGGCUUCGGUGGGCAUGGAGGUGCAUGUAGUAGUUCUAGUGCGGUGACUAGCACUGGCCGGUUGCAAUUCUGCGGUGGACAAUGGUUUUAUUGGUGUCAAAGGUUCCCUCGUCAGUUUUAUUAUCUCUUUCAACAAGAGCUGCUUCAUUUGUUCAGGUCAAGAAUUUGUGUAAUCUUGAAGUCUUUGAGUAAAGGAUUGGAAUCAUGGAAAAGGAAGAUGAAGUUGUGUGAGGAACGAGUAGUGAGAUAA